AUGACCAGUGUGAGCCGGUCGAGUGAUACCCGCAGCCCGAAACGCCCGCGCGUGUACCCGGAGGUGUCCGGCGAAGAGGUCGACGCCCUCGUAAGCCUGACGCAAAGGGCGCUUGAGCGGGACCCCUCGGCUCUAAGCGAGAUCGCCAAGGACGCGUCCCUUCAGCAAGGCGGUGAUAAAUGACACAUUGUCCGACGGUGAGCUACAUAGAUAGCAGGAAACGCCUCCAGCGUGUGGGACGGCGGGCGGGUGGCUACGUCUCCUCAGGCCUCCGGUUUCGCAAACUUCUGACCUUUUGGGAUGUUCGCUUCGGAGCGGUUCUGAACAGGCCUGCGGUGUAACGGUAGCUCAAGGGUUUGAUUUUUUUUUGUAUGAGCUCUUAGAUGGGACGAAACUGGUUGGGCUGCCGCACCCUCAGGCAUAUUGCUGUUAAGAGCUUGGUGUACGGCUUGCAGCACGUGCGCUUGUAUCAUAACCUGCAUUUUUGUAUCUCAUAUUUAGAUGCAUUUUCGAAGAUGUGAAUGAAGUGUAUUCAUAGACCUUUGCACAGCCGUGCGUCUCAGCUUUCAUAUCUGUUGCGUGCGUGGUUGCACGCUGAGACAUGCAUGCACCUUGACUGAGGUAUGCAGUAAUCGCCUGACUUCUUCGUGAGGCUCGUUGUUUUCCUCUUUCGGUAGGGUUGUUGACAGUAGGCCAUCACAAUUUGCGCUCUAGCUCUCGCGGUAUGAAGAAACCGAGGCCUGUGGUCCUCACAGUCAAGUUCCGGCCGUGGUUGAUCAACGGAUUGAUUUGAUGAGACCUCUUGCCAGGCGGCGGCAAUUUAUUGUAGUCGCCGCGCGCGAGAGCGAGUAGACCUCAGCGCGGUGACAUCUAUGUGACAAGCACUUUACAUAUGGUGGCACAAGUCGCUCGCGGACAUGAUGACGUAGUUUUUUUCUGUCGUUGGGCUUUUUGUGGGGCAACGCUGAGAGAAUGGUCACAGGUCGCAUAGGUUCUUCAGUGACUGGCGGGCGCAGUUGGUACGAAUAAUCACAGGUCGCUACAGCAGAUUUUUCCAGUGAGGAAGGGGGGGGGCAGUUGGAACCGUCUCCAUGCGAUUGUUUCCCCAAAUAUAGUAGGAGAGGUUGUACCACUGGAGGGCCGACAGCAUGUCCAUUCAAAACGUAUAUGGGGUGUUUGAUGAUGAGAUGUGUGACAAAUGAAUGGCGUGAAUAAUCGUGAAA